CCAUGGAAACAUAAACCACAUUUAUACCACUGUUUUGAGACACUGACAGAUCUUCACAUGCAGAGAGAGAGCGACUGGUGUGAACACUGUGCUUUCAGGAUGAGGUGUUGCAGGGCCAGUCUGCUGCUCUGUCUGACUUUACUCCUGCACAGUGGAGAGGCCAAAGUGCUCACCGAAGCACAGUCCGGGCCCCUGUAUCGCGUGUUGGGCGCUCCACUCUCCAUCUCCUGCACUGUGAGCGGCCUUGCAAGCGACAACACUCAAAAGGAAUUCGAGUUCCGUGUCACGAAGCCCACACAACCAACGUUCGAGAUCAACAUCAUCAGUACCUCUGAUGAAAGCUUUGGGUAUGCCAUAUAUAACCAACGCGUGGCAAGCAAGGAGAUUACUCUGAAACAUGUGUCACCGAACUCCGUCCUCUUUGAGAUCCAGAGCCUGCAGAAAGGUGAUGAAGGGGACUUUGAGUGCGCUGUGAUCAACACAGAAUCUGCUUACGAUGGAACCUACAAUGCGAAGACAAUAGUUAAAGUGAUUGACAACUCCUUAAGUGUGUCAUCACCUGUCUCCACACCACUGAGCUAUAAUGAGGGUGAUGCUCUCACUCUAACGUGCCAAGCCUCCAGCAACACCAUCCAGCACACCCAUCUGUCUUUAGCAUGGCAUCUCCACAAAGACGGCGAGGACGACGCUCGGCCGAUCAUUUCUCUGGACAGGGAUUUCACCCUGAGUCCAGGCCCGACAUUUGAAGGGCGUUAUCGUGCUGGACUCAUAACGUUAGAUAAAAUGGGAGAGGCCACAUAUAGGCUACACAUGGCAAGGCUGGAGCUGUCAGACCAAGGCAGGAUCUACUGCCGGGCGCAGGAGUGGAUCCAAGAUCCUGACCGCUCCUGGUACACUAUCACACAGAAGGAUGCAGAGGAAACUACACUACAUGUCAAAGCCAGAGAGGUGGUGCCAGACACGUCGUCUCUGGUGGUGAGAAUCUCCACACAGCAGACAACUCUGCAGGAGGGCCAGGAGCUGUCGCUCUCCUGCAACGUAGACGCUCACAAUCUGGAGAAAAGGUUUCUUUCUGUAGCCUGGCUCCGGGGAAGUGUUGAGCUGGCGCGCAUCGGACCUGCAGGCAUUCUGUCUGUGGGGCCCGAGUAUAGUGGCAGAGAGAAAGGAGGCGAGCUCAGGGCCACCCGGAUCAGGGACACAGACUACCGUCUCAGACUGCAGCCUGUCAGAACUGAGGACCAGGGAGAAUAUUUCUGUCGGGCAUGGCUUCAGGACAGAGGCCAGGAUGGUGCCUUUACAGCCGGAGAAGCCCAGACUUCUAGCCCCCAGCUGGUCAGCAUCUCCGCAUCAGAAAGUGGGCUCUCAGUUGAAAUGCAACACAACGUGAGUGUUGACGAAGAUGACAGGCUGAAGCUCACCUGUAAAGUGGAUGGGGUUAAAGGUCAACUCUCUGUCACCUGGGAACGUCAGUCCACGUCAACAACCUUGUUUGAAAACAUCAUCAGUCUAAGUCAGGAGGGUGUCAUGGAGAUAGAGGGGGAGUUUGCGAGUCGCAGAGUAAGGGCAGCGCGCCCAGCGACCGACACCUUCACUUUAGAGCUGGAUGAGGUCACGCCGUCUGAUUCAGGCAUCUACCAGUGCUCUGUUUCUGAAUGGAAAACAAACAGCAAGACCCACAGCCAGUCAAAAACUAGCACUGUGACAGUUAGUCCCAUAGAGUCAUCUGUGAAACUGAUCAGUCGCAACACCCUAGUGACUGUUGGAGAAAAUGUGAAGUUGAUGUGCCGGGUCCAAGGGCCACGUGUGCCAACAACUCUGAGUUGGAGCCUGCAGCACGAAGACUCGACCACAGACAACAUCCUUACCCUGAAGUGGAAUGGUGAUAUCAGCUGGUCCGGAGACCAGCACGUCUACCAGUUGGAAGUAGAGAACAAAGCCAUGGAGGUCACUCACUCUCUGCUUAUCAACGGUGCCAGCCCCAGAGAGGCAGGAAAGUACCAGUGUCAGGCAUCUGCCUUCAUCCAAAAUGCUCACAAGAAGCCGCGUCCAUCCAACCCAGUGGCUGUGAUGGUGCACUACCCAGUGAGCAAACUCAGUCUGACCUCCUCUCCCACUUUGACAAGAAAUAUCAACAGUGACAUAGAAAUAAAGUGCUCAGUUAUCUCAGAGCCCUUUGCAUCCUCUCGCUAUGCCGUUACCUGGCAGCACCAGCAACGGGGAGAAAAUAAGACCAUCGUGAGCUCGGACCGGGAAGCCCUCAUAACAUUUGGGACCCAGGUGGAGCCGAGCGACAGACAACGAAUCAGCAUGAGGCGCAGCAAGGGUCCAAGUUUUGAGUUGACUAUUCGGCAAGCUCAGAUCUCGGACGGUGGCUUGUACACAUGCGAGGUGGUGGAGUGGCUACAAGAACCUCGUGGUAACUGGUAUGAGCUCCCGCCAGAGUCCAAAAUCACUGAGCUAAAUCUUAUUGAGCCUGCCAACGAUCUUCAGUUAGAAGGGAAAGAGCAGCAGUUGAUUGCAGGAGAGGGAGACGAGGUGGAACUCAAGUGUAACAUCCUCUCCGGUGCAUUCAGUCCUUCUGUCUUUUACAAAGUUGCUUGGAUCUACACUGGACACAAUUCCUCGAUGACAAAUGUCCCCUUAGUAGAGCUCGAUCACAUGGGUUUGCUGCGGUACCCUGAGAGCGGGGCGCUCAGAGAGCUGCAGGGGCGGCUUCGUCUCGCCAGACCCACACAGAGCAGCUUCUACCUCAGAAUUCAGACGGCCCAUGAGGGGGAUAGUGGGACGUUCCAGUGCCAGGUGGAGCAAUACCAGCUGGAUCGUGAAGGUCACUGGCAGCAAAAGGCCUCAGAGACUGCUGGUCCUAUCUCGCUGACAGUAAAUGUUGCUGAAAAAAACCUGUCCAUUGUAAAGGAUGAGCUGGAGCUAAAUGUGAGCAGAUCCAAGGACUUCACCAUCCCCUGUCACAUCACUGACCAGUCCAGCGGUGAAUCUGAGUUCCAGGUCACAUGGUUUUGGCAGAAGGAACCAGGAAUUCAAAAACGGCCCAUAUUCGUAGCUUAUCGAAACGCUACCCUACAAGACAUGUUAGGCACGGGUCAUCAGCUAAGAUUUGGCCACCCUGUACCCAACCAGUUCAGCCUUACGGUCUCGAAGUCAGCUCCUGAAAAUAGCGGCCUGUAUUUCUGCGAGGUAGAGGAGUGGCUGCCCUCUCUGUCUCAUGGAUGGAGGAAGGUCGCGGUGGAAACGUCUGGAUACUUGACUGUUAAUGUCUUUACAGAAGGAGAAGGCGCGUUCGAGCCACAAUGCAAGUCAGGUACCUGGAUAGGGAUUCUUGUACCGCUUGUCAUAUGCUCACUGUUGGUGAUAUCCCUGCUGGUGCUGAAGAUAUGCCGGACCAACGCCUCAGGAGGAAAGAAUUCAGGCGAAUCUCUUUGGGCAGAGUCACACCCGCUGAAUACCAAACCCAGUGCAGAGGAUUGAGUCUCAUUGGCCACAAGUGGAGAGGAGAGCGUCGGAGAGGAGCUGAAGUGGAAAAAUGCAUUCUUAUUUUUUUAAAGUAUAGUAUAUGCAAUAAUGUUUUCUAACUGAAAAAGUUGCACUGUACAUAUUAUUAUUCAUUUGUAAUUCACAGAUAUAAUCUGUUGAUGUUGUUCCAUAAUAAAGGUUUAAAUGUUGGGAAAUAA